GCGGCAGCAGCAGGUCUCAGCUACGUUGGGGGAUAUGUCAUUAACACCUACAAGAGCUAUGACAACUUUCUGCAGGACAAGUACGCUCUGCUGCCAGCCGUGAUCAUUAUUUGCGUUGCUGUGUUCAUGUUCAUCAUUGGGUUGAUCGGCUGCUGUGCCACCUUCCGGGAGUCUCGAGUUGGCCUGGGGCUGUUCUUGGCCAUUAUCCUGGUUAUCUUUAUUGCAGAAGUAUCUGCUUUUGUCCUGGGAUUCGUUUACAGGGAAAAGGUAAAAACUGACGUGCAAGGCACAAUGCGGUCAGUCUUUGAGAAGUAUGAUGGGAAAAAUCCAGAGACUACUGUUGUGGAUUACUUGCAAGAACAGCUUCAUUGUUGCGGGGUGAAGAACUACAGCGACUGGACAACCACACAGUGGUUUAAUUCCACCGGUAACAACAGCGUCCCCCUGAGCUGCUGCAGGCAGGAUGCGAAGAACUGCACAGGGCGCCUGGACCAGCCGCAGGAACUCGAUACGCGGGGCUGUGCAGAUGAGCUGGAGGCUGGGCUGCAGAGUGUUAUCAGCUACGCUAUGCUGGUGAUCCUGGGGUUUGCCAUUGUGAAGUUCUUUGGCAUGCUGAGUGUCUGUGUGCUUACUUGCAAGAGAGAAGACAGUGGAUAUCAGCCUCUUCACUCAGGGGUCUUCGCUUAA